UUUUACACCAAGCCUGAUUUAGUGUGGACGUCCGCCGGGAGCCUUUCAACAUGAGCAACCAUCACGGCCCUCCCCAAGGCGCGUCUUCCGAGCUGGAGGUGAUCUCCCAGCAAGUGGAGGAGGACAACCAGUGCGUGGCCCCAGUUCAGCUGGUUAGCUUCACCUACAGAGACUUGCCGUUGGCCGCCCUGGACGUAUCCCUCGCCGGAUCGCAGCUCAUCUCAAACCCAGACGAAGAGGACAACAGAGAGGGGUCCAACUGGCUGAAGCCGUGCUGCGGGGGCCGGGCGGCGUUGUGGCAAGUGUGCCUGGCGUCGGCCGGCUUCAACUGCGUGCUGGUGGCCUGCGUGGUUCUGGUGGUGGUGCUGCUGACUCUGGAGCUGCUCGUCGACACCAAGCUGCUGCAGUUUAACAACGCUUCCCAGUUUGCCUGCGUCAUCCACUGGAUCAGCCUGGCUAUCCUGUCCGUGUUCUUCACCGAGACUGUUUUCAGGAUCGUGGUCCUGGGGAUAUGGGAUUACAUCGAGAAUAAAGUGGAGGUGUUCGACGGAGCCGUCAUCGUCCUCUCGCUGGCCCCCAUGGUGGCCUCCACGGUGGCCAACGGCCCCAGCAGCCCCUGGGACGCCAUUGGGCUAAUCAUCACGCUGCGCAUAUGGAGGGUCAAGAGGGUUAUUGACGCCUACGUGCUGCAAGUGAAGGUGGAGAUGGAGCUGGAGAUCCAGCAGUAUGAGAAGACCAAGGUGGUGCGAGAGGACCAGCUCGACCGCCUCACUCAGAUCUGCCAGGAGCAGGCGUUCGAGAUCCGGCAGCUGAGGGCCCACCUGGCCCAGCAGGACCUGGAUCUGGCGGCGGAGCGGGAAGCAGCCAUGCAGAUCCACCAUAUGUGGGGUAAACCGAGCAGCAGUUUCCAUGAGGUGGACGGACUGGCCCCUGGGGUCUCCGAACAUCACAGGCCGGCCAAAGUUAGAGAGCCCGGCGGACCCUCAGAUCACCCCGGCCAGGACGACAUGAACAACUACAUCAGUCAGUACUACAGCGAGCCAAGCAGCGACACGGGCAUCGCAGACCCCGCCGCGCGCGUCAUCACCACGGCGGCUAUCGACGUCCACCUUCCCGACAACCCGAGCCACCUCCCCCCGUCGCUGGUGAGCGCGGACGGCGUAUCCGGCAGCCGCCUGCAGAGGGCCAACAGCUCGGCCAGCGAAGCCUCGGCCACCACGGCGUCGCACAUCAGCAGCCGAACGCUGGGGUCGGCCGCCGACUACAGCUCCACCGUGCGCGAGGCUUCUACGUCCGCGGACUACAGCGAACAACGCUGCUACCCGCCACCCUACAGCAGCCCCCUGACCCUGGGGACUCAGCCCAGGGGGAGUCCCAGCGCCGUGGUGCAAGAGUUGCUCUCAUCUUUAUCUGAGGACUCCUGUCUCACCCAGAAGGGCCUGGACCCCGUCAACCUUAAACCGCCCAGCCCGACCGGUUCCACUAAAAACAGCUCCGAACUGGAGAACAGAGUGAACAUCUACAACAAGCGGAACCAGGAGAGCCAGCUCAGGUCGCACAGCAAACCCCUCAUCCAACUGCAGGGCACUGAAGCUUUCCUCGAGGAGAAGUACCGGAUGAUGGAGCCGGUCGACACUCCGAUCCAUCAUCUGUCUGGGACAUAAGGCUGUGGCAGGAACAGGAACCUCUCUUGAUGCGCAAAACCACUGUCUAUCAGAGACAUAAGAUAGUGAACAGGAACAGGAACCUUGUUCGCUUCGCAUAUCCAUAAUCAGUCUGAGAUAUAAGGUGAUGAAAGAUAGCAGGAACAGGAACCUCACUUAAUGCUCCGAACCGCCCUCUGUCAGGGACAUCAAAUGGUGGACAGGGACCUUAAAUGAUACUUGAAUCCAUCAUCUGUGCGACACAUAAAGCAGUGAAAGAAACCAGGAAGAGGAAACUCCAGAAAUGUUCUCGUUAAUUCUGUGUGUGGGAAUUAAAACGGUGUACAAGAGCAGAAACAGGAAUCUCAAUCGAUGCUUGAAUCCAUCAUUGUCUGGGUCAUAAGAAAGUGGCACAGAGCAGGAACAGGAAGCUAAACUGAUGUUCUCAUCUGUCUGAUACGUGAGAGGGUGGAAGUGAGCAGAACUUCAGUAGCUGCUCCAAAUCAGCACCUGACUGGGACGUUACAUGGUGGAGGGGAGCAGGAACAGAAACCUCAAUUGAUGCAAAAGUUUAUAUUCAGUCUAGAACUCAACAUGGUGGGUGAGAGCCCGAACAGGGACCUGCGUAGAUGCUCCUGUCCUUCAUCUUUCAUGGACAUAACAUGAUGGAGAACAAGAGCAAACACGUCAACGGGCUUCAUUUGUACAACUUGUGAGCCCAUGAUGCAGGAGGACUACUUAUCAGGAAAUGACUCACCAAGACACUUUGAUCAUUUUGACAAAAACUUGACCAGCAACAGGAAGCAUUCCUAAUGCUUCAUGGACAUAGAACAUUUGCCCUUUUAAUAAAACAUCAUAAAAGCAGUUUGGUGAAAUAACUGCAAGGUACAGUGGAAUCAGUGUUAAAGUCAUUUUUAAUCUCUUUCUAUUUUAGCAAUGUUUGUAAUCUAAAUUCUAUGAAAAAUGAGUUUUUUUGCAAUCUAAUCAGGUUCAGCUUGGUCUACUGAACUUUUAAUAUGUGCAUCAAUGACAUCGUGUACAUGAUUGACUUUCAAAGCUCGUUAAGCUGUGUAAAUAUUUGUAAACAAGAAUGUGCAUCUACUACCAAUUGAUUAUAGCAUGAAGCUUCGAAAAUACUGCACAGCAACUUUAUAGUACCGGCAACAGCCAUUUUCUAUCUGGGUCAUUACGG